UUAGAGCACCUAGUAAUCAUCAAACAGGGAAUUCAAAUGGGAAAAGCCAGCCCAGACAUGGAGCUUCACCCAGACACCAGAGAGGUGACACGAUGCUGUUACAGAGGGUGUUCUGAUCCAUUUCCAGCAAAAUGGGAAUGAGCUGUGCCCUCACACAGCAGGGCUCAGCUCCUCGUACGCACCCCAGCAGAGCCAAGAUGGAGCAAUCUGCAAGCACCUUACUCAAAAAGCCCUAAAGCCUCUGUGGUACCGUAAGGAGAAACGCGGUCCCUCGGGUUCCUGGUUGAGCUGGGAAGGGUGGAGAAACCCAAGGAUGGUCUGGAGGCACGGGAGGAGGAUGAACCAUUCCUGGGAGCGUUCAUGGCCAGGCUGGAUGGGCAAGCUGGUCUAGCGGAAGGUGUCCCUGCCCACACGGGGAAAGGACGAGAUGACCCUUCAAAUCCCCAAAGGCAGCCUACGAUGCCCAGGUAACGCUUCAUCUCCAGGUCGGAGCUGCGCUAAGCCGCACGAAGCAGGGAAAGCAGGCAGCAAACCCCCUUUCCUUCCCGCAAAUGAAGCCACCGGAGGUUUACUCACGCAGCAGCCCGAGCUCCCGGCGCUGCCCUUCCCUUCCCUUCCCUUCCCUUCCCUUCGCGCUCCCGCUCCCGCUCCGCUCCGCCCGGGCCGGGCGCUCCCCUCCCUCACGCCCCGCGGCCCGCGAGGCAUCGCGAGACUUGACGCGCCUCUCGCGCGGCCCGCGCCACGUGACAGCCGCGAGGGCGCGCGCGCGCCGGCGGGGCCCGCUCCACCUGUCACGGGCUCCCGGGGGGGGGGGGGGAGUGGGCGAAACCACCGGCGGGGGCGGCCCCCGCCCUUCCGUGCCACCGUUGCCCUCACAUCAAGCAUCUCGCUCGGAGCCGCGUUCAGUUCCGUUCCGGCUCCGGGAAGCUUUUAUUUUCCGUUUGUGCCAAGAACGCCACGCCCGAGGCGGGGCGGGGAGGCUGCGAGCGUGCCUACUGCCCCCCGCCGGUGGGACAUGGCGCCUUCCUCAGCGGCGUCCACUCCUCCAGCGCGGAGCCCCCGUUACGCAACUCCACCCGUGAGCGCAGCCCUCCCUCGUUCCUCCUCCUCCUCUUCCCACCCCAGCGCCCGCCACUCCCGACAUCUCCCCCCCUUCCCCCGCCAUUCGCUUUUAAAGGCGCAUCCCAACUUGCUGGUGCUCGCUAAUCGAAAAGCUCGUCUGACUGACGGCCCACCCGACCAAUCACAAUCGGCGGCUCUCCGAAACUCCACCUCCCUUAUCACCUACUGACCAAUGGCGUGAGGCCGGCGGGGGAGGCGGGCGGCGAGGGCCAACCAAACCGGAGCGCAGCGGCGGCGGAGCGCAAUGACUGACGUAAGUCAACAAAGGUCACGUGGUGCGCGGCGGCGCCGCCGAUUGGCCGCGCUGACGCUGGGCGGGCGGGGCGGGACGGGGGGGGGUCGCGGUGGCGGCGCGCGGGGUCCGCGGUGUGACACAAUUACAACAACUUUGGGCAGCGGCUCCGGGGAAGUUUGUACGGGCGGCAAAACACACCCCGAGCCGCGGGGCGGGCGGGGACGGUACCCCCGGCUCCCCGACACCUCCCCUCUGCGCGCCGCCGGCGGCGGGCGGCGAUGUAAACACCGCUCCGCCGCCAUCCGCAGCCGCCGCCUCCUCCUCCUCCUCCCCCGA